AUGGUGGGCAAAACUUUCAUCGUCGAGCAUCUCGACCCCGAGCUCGGCCCCUGGUCAGAGCUAGAAUACAUCGCCAUCGCCAAAGAAACCCAAGAAACCAAGGGCAACUUCCUCCUAUCCAGUCUACCUACUGAAUUCAAAGUCCCCGCAGCAUUGAACGGCAUCCCCGCAUUCAAGCCAGAGCACCGUGGUGUCGAGGAGCUGUACGCGGACAACAAGGCCAAAGUGUGUCUGUUAGAUCCCGCUGCGGCAAAGGAUCUAUCACCUGAGGACGGGGAGACGUUUGAUGCGUUUUUGUUCGGUGGUAUUUUGGGUGAUGACCCGCCAAGAGACCGAACCUCGGAGCUCAGGAGGAAGGGUUUUGAAGGACGGAGAUUGGGGCCUAAGCAGAUGACCACGGAUACGGCUGUACGGGUGACUCGCUUGGUUGUUCAGGAUGGCAUUGCCCUGGACAAGGUCCCAUAUGUCGACUUUCCAGAGUUAAAAUUCAACGCUCACGAGAGCACGCAAAUGCCCUUCCGGUAUGUGACAGACAAGGAGGGGAACCCAAUUAUGCCAGAAGGAAUGAAGGAAUUGAUACAAAAGGAUGCGGACAAGUCACUAGAUGACUUGAUUUAA